AUGCGAAUUUAUCCACCAUUUUGUGUGCUGUCACAAGUAGGACCAUGUAGACGCCAUUCAUGUAAAAUAAAUACAGUGUUGGGAAUAAAGCAUCAUUUACGAACCUUUUUUUGCGGAAAUAUCGAAAGUUAUGUGGCGAUAUAUCAUAUAGAUAAAGUAGUGGCGAUAUAUCUGGGCCUUAAUUUGUCCGCAGAUGAGAGCUCAAACUGUGAAAAUUACGGUGUUGUGGAUAUGCAUCCUGACGGCAAUGCUCCAUAUCAAGAUGAACCUCUCGCUAUCGUAGGACAAGAUUACGACUUUAGGUUCGAAGAAGACAGAGAUGGCAUUUCCCCAGAAACACUAGAAGCAAGGUUUAUGAAGAUAUGUCCAGUAAGCCAGUGGUAAGCACCUUAUUGACGCUUUAUUACGCAGAAUUCGCAAUAGUAAGUAGAUUCGACGUUUGUUUAUCGGCAUAUAUUAAUAAUUAUAUAUAUAUAUAUAUAUACACAAGUCGCAAAAUAUGAAUAAACAGCUAGUCAUGUCAUAAAUCAUGAUGUAAAUGCUGUGUUUUAUCAUUCAGCAAUAUUUUUAUUUUACUAGCUUCGAAAGUAGGCCUACCUCUUGUAUGUUUAUACUACAUCUCAAAGUUAAAAAACAUGCCAUUUGUAUAUGUACUGCCUUCAAAAGUGGUCGUGCAAUGAUCGUAAUGCUGUAUCUCUAAUCUCUACUAGGUGUUCGUGUACCUUCUGCUCUGAUGAACUGCUUGUUGGCGCCCUCGAAUAUCGCUGCUGCCACGAGGUUGUUUGUGCUAUCGGGAAGGCAGUUUUUGAUGGCUCUAUAGAGAGAAUUAAAUGCAUAACUGAGCAUGAAGAUUACAACCCCAUGGUCAACUAA